UCAUUUUUUUUUUUCAUAAAUAAAACUUAAAAGCUCAAAAUGCCGAGUAGUGUACCUGAUGGCUUGUUUGUUACUGGUCAUGAAAUUAAGUAAAUAACAUUUGAUACCAUACAUGCUGACUGUUGAGGUUGUGGACAUUUUCUCUGGGCUUAGCUAGCAGAAUGCAUGACAUUGACAACUCAGGAUCGAUCAGACCAAACACCACUCAACAAAACAAUUGAAAGACCACUGGGAACAAGACAGAAGACCAGUUGGAGCAGUUGAUAUAUAGACCACAGACUUACUUAAAUUACAUUAAAUAUAUUGGAGAUCAUAUUAACAAGAAGACAUUAGAUAUCAGUGAAAUGGCUGAACACCUACAACAGCAGUAUAGAGAUUAUACAAGAAAGAAGAAGAAUGCUUUCCGUAAAUCAGUUGAGAAGGCUUAUCAAGUUGUACGUACACAAGACGGGGAUGACGAUUUCAGUUUAUUUGAAAAACAACAUUUAAAAAAAAGACGGAAGAAGAAAGAAAGUGAUGUUAGUGAAAGUGAGAAGAGUUUUUCAUCAGAUAAUGAAGAAUAUGUAUUUUAUGAGGACAGAAAUUCUAUGAACAACUUCAUGAGUGAUUUAUAUCUUGGUACAAAAUCUGAUAAAAAUACAGAACCCAAAUGGUCAAAUGAUUCUUCAAUAAAAGAUAAAAGUUUUAAUAUAUGUAAUGAAGAUAAAUCUAUUAUAUUAGAAGAUGAAGUAGAAGCAAACAGUACCAUUAUUAAAACUAAGCGAAAGGCGAAACAGAUUGAAGAUACUCCUGCUAAAAAGAAGAAGAAAGACAAAAGUGAUAAAAAAGGUCCAGAUAUACAAACUUCAACUGUUAAAUUUGCAGAUAUGGGAGGAAAUGAGGAGACAUUAAAGGAAGUAUGUAAAUUAUUGGUUCACAUGCGUCAUCCAGAAGUAUAUCAGAAAUUAGGUGUGACCCCACCACAAGGCUUUUUAUUACAUGGACCACCAGGGUGUGGUAAAACGUUAUUAGCUAAUGCCAUUGCUGGGGAGCUUGGUUUACCAUUUAUUAAACUAGCAGCUACUGAAGUUGUAUCAGGUGUAUCUGGAGAAUCAGAAGAAAAAAUUCGAGAUUUAUUUGAUAAAGCAGUGGUUAAUGCUCCAUGUAUAGUGUUUAUAGAUGAAAUAGAUGCUAUAACACAGAAACGAGAAACAGCUUCUAAAGAAAUGGAGAGAAGAAUAGUCACUCAACUAUUAGCUUGUAUGGAUGAGUUAAACAGUAAGAAGAAUGUGAAUGUAUUAGUUAUUGGUGCUACUAAUAGACCAGAUAGUAUAGAUCCAGCAUUACGUCGAGCUGGUAGAUUUGAUAGAGAAAUAUCAUUAGGUAUACCAGAUGAAUCAGCUAGACGAAGAAUUUUAGAAGUUUUAUGUAGAGAUUUGAGAUUAACACCAGAUUUUGAUUUUCAACAAUUAGCUAGAAAUUCACCCGGUUUUGUUGGAGCAGAUUUAAUGGCUUUAGCUAGAGAGGCAGCCAUGACAGCAGUUCAUAGAGUUUUUAAAGAAGUACAGAGUGUAUUAGUAGCAGAUACCUGUACCACACCAGAUACUGAAGAUACUAGUCAUAUAACAGAUCAAGAACUUAAAACAGUUUUACAAUGGUUAAAAGAGCAGCCACCAUUAACAGAUGCCCAACUUCAAGAUUUAUACAUAAACAUGGAAGACUUUCAGAAAGCCUUAAAGAAUGUACAACCUUCUGCUAAGAGAGAAGGUUUUGCUACAAUACCAGAUGUUACAUGGGAUGAUGUUGGUGCUUUAAAAGAUGUUAGAGAAGAACUUCAUUUAGCUAUCAUGGCUCCAGUGAAACAUCCUGAAGAAUUUCUGGCUUUAGGAUUAUCUUCUCCACCUGGUAUUCUAUUAGCAGGUCCACCAGGAUGUGGUAAAACCUUACUAGCUAAGGCUAUAGCAAAUGAAUCUGGAAUAAACUUUAUUUCUGUCAAAGGUCCAGAACUCUUAAAUAUGUACGUAGGAGAGAGUGAAAGGGCUGUAAGACAAGUAUUUCAGAGAGGUCGAAAUUCAUCACCCUGUGUUAUAUUUUUUGAUGAAAUAGAUUCUUUAUGUCCACGGCGAUCUGGUUCAACUGAUGGGGGAUCAAGUGUUAGAGUAGUUAAUCAGAUGUUAACAGAAAUGGAUGGUUUAGAAACCAGAAAGCAAGUUUAUAUUAUGGCAGCUACCAAUAGACCAGAUAUUAUAGAUCCAGCUAUACUGAGACCUGGUCGAUUAGAUAAAACAUUAUAUGUUGGCUUACCUUCUGUUACCGAUAGACUGGAUAUAUUGACUACACUAACAAAGAAUGGAACACGACCAUGUUUAGCAGAUGACGUAGAUCUAGCUGUAAUAGCUGCAGAUGAAAAAUGUGAAGGAUAUACUGGUGCUGAUUUAGCAGCCUUAGUAAGAGAAUCAUCUGUGUGUGCAUUAAAACAACUUAUACAAUCAACUAGUAAAUCAACCUCAACACCUCAAGUUACUAAUCAACAUUUUCAAACAGCUUUAAAUAGAAUUAAACCUUCAGUAUCUAAGAAAGAACGAGAAAAGUACCAGAUGUUAUCAAAGCCCUUAUGAAAUUUGUUGAUAUAGAAGAAUUAAAUUGAUGUUAUUUAAA